AUGAACCGUAGAAUCAGAGCAUCUACCAAACCCUUCUCCUCUUCCUCACCAACCAGAUCCGAGCCUUUCCACAAGUACCUUAAGCCCGGCGCCCUAGCCCAAAUCCGUGACUCCCGAAUCAGCGCCCACCGGACUCACCGAGUCAACUCGCUUUACCUCCUCUCCUCCUCCUCGAUCCCUCUCCACCGCACGACCCCGCCGUCAUCUCCGUCGUCCUCCAACGCCGCCGCUCAACAAGCUCCGGUCAACGCAUUCACCGACGGUAUCCCUUGCUUCUCUGGCAGGAUCUACGGCCCGCGCUGCCCCCAGAGGAAGAAGCUCGUGGCGGCCAAGUCUGUGCUUUUCCUCAACCCGCUCCCUAACUCAGUCCAGGACUCGCCCGAUUCGGUCAUCGAUUCGUUCAGUAAUGACAUUCUCCUCGCUCACUGA